GACCGCUCCUACCAACUCUCUCUCUCUCUCUCACGCACACACACACACUCUGCAGUCUGCAACUGCUGCAUUCCUCAGUCAUUCCUGUCUCGUGACUCACUUUCCAUUUCUCUGCCCCUUCGCCCGCAACACGACAAUAUCUCCCCUCCAUUUUGUACACCGGUAAAGUGCAUCUUUAACCAAUAUCCCAUAAAAAAAAAAAAAAAAAAUUUCGAGAAAACCAAUGUCCCAUAAUUUUUUCUCACCUUCUACGUGGUAAGUAGUGAAAUAUCCCAGGUAGAUAACAUUUGUGGUUAGUUGAUUGCCCAACUGCCUUUUGACCUUUUCCGUUUCCCAAUUCACCUAUUUUUCGCUUCUCUGGAAUCCCAUUUCUCAUGUCAAAUUGGGAAUAAAAAGGGAAGAAAAAUAUGAAAUGCUUUCAUUUUACUAAUGGGGAGACAAAGGGGGACGAUGAGGACGUCGACGACGCCGGAUUAUCUCGGACAUCCAAGGUGAGUUGGGCACGCUCCUUGAGCGUGGCUUCCAGUAGUGUUGAUUCAGUGAGGCGCUCCGAGUUUGGCUCCGAGUCCAGGGACUUCACCGACUCCUUCGGCUUCUACGAGUUUCUGAGCCAGCGGAGAGCUAAUGAUCUCAGAGUUUUCAGCUUUUACGAGCUGAAAGCAGCAACCAGAGGGUUCAGCAGGGGUCUCAUGAUCGGAGAAGGUGGUUUCGGAUGCGUUUAUAGGGGGGUUGUUAAUGUUGGGGGGCAACCGGACCCGGAUUCGGAGGAAAAGAUGGAAGUUGCUAUCAAACAGUUGAAUCGCAAUGGAUUCCAGGGGCACAAAGAAUGGAUCAACGAAGUGAACUUUUUGGGUGUAGUCAGUCACCCGAAUCUUGUCAAGUUAUUUGGAUAUUGUGCCGAAGAUGAUGAAAGAGGGAUCCAGCGGCUCUUGGUCUAUGAGCUUAUGAGAAAUAAAAGCUUGGAAGACCAUUUGUUGGCCCGUUCUGCAUCUCCUCUCCCUUGGAUUCAGAGAUUAAAAAUUGCUCAAGAUGCAGCUCGUGGUUUGGCAUACCUUCACGAGGAAAUGGACUUUCAGCUCAUAUUUCGAGAUCUCAAAGCUUCCAACAUUCUUCUGGAUGAAGAUUUCAAAGCCAAGCUUUCAGAUUUUGGACUGGCCAGACAGGGUCCAACAGCUGGAUUUGGUCAUGUUUCCACAUCCGUUGUUGGUACAGUAGGCUAUGCAGCCCCCGAGUAUGUCCACACUGGCAGACUCACCGCUAAAAGUGAUGUAUGGAGUUUUGGUGUGGUUCUAUAUGAGCUUAUCACAGGAAGGCGGGUGCUGGAGCGAAAUUUACCCAGAGGGGAGCAAAAGCUUUUGGAAUGGGUUAGACCAUAUGUGUCAGAUUCUAAAAAAUUCCACUUGAUUCUUGACCCACGACUUGAAGGCGAAGAUUGCUUGAAGUCAGCUCAGAGACUAGCAUCCCUUGCCAACAAAUGCCUCUUGAAACAAUCCAAAUCUCGCCCAAGAAUGAGUGAGGUGGUUGAGAUGCUUGGGAACAUCAUUAGCGAGACAGCCUGUUUGGAUCGUGUACCCGAAGGCAUCAAUGAAACUGAGGAUGUGAAGGAAGAAGUUGCAGGGGUUGAGCUUGAGUCAGGCAAGCAGGGGAGCAACGAUAGAAGAAGGGGCUUUGAUUUGAAAGAAAUGGUGAGCUUUAGGAACAAAUCCAUUGGGAGGCUGGAUUGGAGAAAUUGGACGCCAGGCUUAAUAAGAACUUCUUGAUAUGCACAGGGCUGUCUCUGCGGGCGUCACUAGCUAAUGCGCUUUCUCGAGAAAGAUGGAGAUAGAAGACCAUGAUCGCAUGGUUGUCAAUUCACAAUCUUCCCUGUACCACUCGUAAAUAUUAGGUGCCGCUGUGUGAGGAAGGGUGAAAAGCCAUUACUAGUGUUACCAUAUUAAGAAGCGCAUAUAUAGCGUUAUCUUGUCACACUACAAUCUUUGUCCAUUCGAUGCCUUUGAUAUCAUUAUCAGGUGUCAAGUUAAACACCUGUGUGUGUGUGUGUGUGUGUGAGGUUGGUGAAGGAUAAAUCUUCAUGCUGCAAUCGAACGCAUGUCAAUUCGGCAGUUAUACAAGUCAAGUCAAACUGGU